AGCGUCCGCUAUGUGUAGUCUUGUCAAGUUAUUUGGAUCGAGCCAUUCAGUUUACGAUGAAGAUCCCAAUGUUGUUGUUGUUUGGCGUUGCGCUGAUCGCGAGUUUAAUCAAUGCACAUCGGUAUCAUGGAGGACAUGGAGAGCAUCAUCACCGCGGGUGGCCUCCGCAUCAUCAUCAUGGAGGACAUCAUGGCAGACACCACAGAGGGGUCCCAUUCGUCAACAUUGAAGUUCACGAACCGAAAGGUUUGGAAGUGUCAAUGAUUCAACGUGAUAAGAACGUAACGUUCUUUGGGGUUGAGAUUUUCGUGAAUAAAAAUGCCGAUUUAAACACUACAUGUGAUAUUUGCCAAAAUACUACCAGUGUUACAUAUGGGAAGUUUAUUAUCCUAGAUGAGGAGGCUAUCAUCAAGAAGGGCGACGUUUUAAGUUUCUACAUAUUGACUGGUGACAGCUCCAACGUUACCCGACAUCAUUUGCAGAAACUGUGGGUUACAAGUUCCAUCAUUAGCAAAUGUACUUGCACCACACCUGAAAUUGUUCCGGACAUCGACUUACGCAAUGGUGAUCCCGCGGAAACGGACCCGCGUCCAUAUCCACCAUCGGAGAGCCAAACGGAGCCUCCCUUCGAGUUUAGUGAGAUAGAAAGCGCUCACGGGAAUGAUCUUUCUUCUGAGGAAAGACCGCUCGAGUGUGAUCUUGAUCCGGCGACUAAUUUGUGUCGGUCAAGCAAGCGUGGAGAGAUAAAAACCAAAAAUGAUUUGCAGCGAGAGGUUCAGAUCCUGGAGGAAAUCAUCAAUCAGAUGAAGAAUGGGUGCCCUUCGAGGCGGAGCAGCAAUAUGCUUCGGCUAACGGAUGGUCCUUUGAGAGCUGGCAGUGUUGAUGAGAUCAAAAAUUUUUUACAGUCGUCACUUUCGGUUAGUUCGGAACUGCGGGAACUUGUGAAAAGGAUCCACCGAGUGAUACCAUCGCGUCGUGAUCGAUACAUUAUGUUCGAGAUGAUUUCCUAUGCUGAUAAACAGAAAGUGUUGUACCAUGCCAAGUUGAAUGGUUUGAAACAAUUUGUUGAUGUGGAUAACUAGGGCUGAUGUUUGUGAAGACUUAGCUGAUGAUGUUAAUUGUGAAUGUUUUAGAUAUAAGGUGAGAAAUAAAAGCUUUACAGAUGUUCAUUUAAA